AAGAGAAAAGCAGGGAGAGAAAGUGAAAAGAGAGAGAGAGGAGAGACAGAAAGUGAAGGAGGGAGCGGGAGGAGGCUGCCUGGGGUACCGGACGCUGGGUGAAUGCAGGAGCCUGAGUGUGUGAGCGAAUCGCGUAGCCGGGCUUAACCCGGUCCCAGGCAGCAUGUGGCAGUGCCAAGGGUUCGGGGCUGCAGCUCUGGGCUUCUGCCUGACUCUCACUCUCCUGACCCGGGGCGGGCAGUCCAGCCACCCCCAGAAUCGGCGCUUGACUCCGGGGAGACCGGGACUGCGGGGAACGAGUCUGAAUGUCUGUGGCAGUGGCUGCUGCAAAGGAUGGAUAUUAGGAGCCCAGACCAGAAAAUGCACAAAGCCCAUCUGCUUCCCACGCUGUCAGAACGGUGGGUUUUGCCAAAGACCUCAGACCUGUGUGUGCAAACCUGGCUUCGCAGGCACACGGUGUGAAAUAGUGACUGACAUUCAGCUCCCGACCAAUCCCACAACCUCCCCACCCCAAACACAGCCUUUGCCAGCUUUAUCCAUUGGCCGUGUCGGCAAGAAGGAAAAGAGGGAGAGAGCAGCAGGAAAGAAAGUAUCGAACACUCGCUACAUUGGCCGAAAGAAAUCCACAGUCCGAUGGCAGCCACUGACUGUGAAGCAGGCCCAGUCGGUAUUACUGAGGAAACUCUCACUAUCCAGCCAACACUCUGUCAAAGUUGCCAAGAGCCAGUUAGCACCACCAUCUGUUGCCACACCCAAUACAAAAAGCCGGGGUCCAAAGGCAAACAUGAGAGCACCUGGGCGGAGUCAACCGAGAGUCAAACAAACAAGUCUUAAAGUUCUCUGUUUGCUUCAAUGCCAGAAUGGAGGGGUGUGCAUACGAAAGGACCGUUGCCACUGCCCUUCAGGGUUCACCGGAAAAUUCUGUCAGAUCCCCAUUCCGUCUGUCAGCAGCCAGGUUAACGUCAGCUUACCAACAGGGGACCCAGGCUCAGCUCAUAAACCUCGAGUGGAAACUGUGUACACUCUCCCUCUCUCCAACCAACAGCUUCCAAACCAAACAGGCCGACUGAUUCCCUCAAUUGUUAAUCUCCGAGUCCAUCAUCCUCCUGAAGUUUCUAUAAAGGUUCAUGAAGUCACACAGAUAGAUGGAGAAACACACACCAAUUCUGCUCACCAGCCAACCUCUCAGAGGGCACUGCAAGACCGGAUGCUACAAGAACGACUGGGAUCUCUCCCAGCCACUCCCCGAUUGGAUGCAGAAUCUGUGUUUGGAUAUUGCUUCACUGAAAUCACAAAUGGCCAGUGUUCUUUGCCGCUAACGGGACUGCGGACAUUUGAGCGUUGCUGCCGAGGAGGAGGUGUGGGCUGGGGAGUGACUGAAUGUGUCGAGUGCCCUGUGACUCCAGGAAAUGACUGUCCCCAUGGAUUUGAAAAAACUGUUGAUGGGCAAUGUCAAGAUAUCAACGAGUGCUCCCUGCCAGGAAUCUGUCAGAACGGCAAGUGCCUGAACGUGAGAGGCAGCUACAGCUGUAUGUGCAGCCGAGGUUUCGUACAGGACACCUCUAAGAGCCGCUGCAUCUCUCAACAGGUUAUAUCAUUAACCAAAGGACCUUGUUACCGGAUUUGGAGGAGUGGAACCUGCUCACUGCCUGUGGUCCAGAACAUCACCAAACAAAUCUGCUGCUGCAGCCGAGUGGGGAAGGCUUGGGGACCAGACUGCCUGAAAUGCCCAUCUCCACUCACAGAGGGAUUUCGGGAGAUUUGCCCUGCGGGAUCUGGUUACCAUUACAUCCAAUCGGAUCUCCGCUACACUAACUGGAUAACGGGAGAGAGGGGCCGAGGGAUCACAAAUGUGGAUCGAUCAUCACGUACCAGCACUUCAGCACCUCACAUUCAGUACACAGAGGCUCCCAGAUUGAGAGAGACAGCUAGUGCAGUCAGGACAUCUCCAACUUCAGCAGCUGUACCCAGGACCCCUCGCCCAGCUCCGGAGAUUCAUAUCUGCCAUCGCAUGCCACAGAUAUGUGGACCAGGACGCUGUGUGAUCCGACAGCAUAGCUACACCUGUGCGUGUAACACCGGCUUCCAGCUGAACUCUCAGCGCUCACGCUGUGUUGAUACUGAUGAAUGUGGACUGAGGCCUCUGCCAUGCCCCAAUGGUCGAUGUGUGAACACGGUCGGCAGUUUCCACUGUGCCUGUUCCAGGGGAUUUUCGGCAAAUUCUCACGGGACAGAUUGUGUCGAUAUUGACGAAUGUCUGGAUGUUUCCACCUGUCCAAACUCAGAGUGUGUGAACUCGGUGGGAUCAUUCCGCUGUCUGCCUUGUCCUACAGGCUACCAGAUCCAGAAUCGAAAGUGUUCAGAUAUUGACGAGUGUCUGAGAGGGACAACGUGUGGGGACAAAGGAACAUGUGUGAACACAGAGGGCUCAUACCAGUGCGACUGUAACCCUGGAUAUCGUCUGAGCGCUGACGGCAAUCGAUGUGCAGAUAUCAACGAAUGUUUUGAAGGGGAUUUUUGUGCCCCAUAUGGGGAGUGUUUGAACAGCGUGGGAUCCUACACCUGUCUCUGUGCUGAGGGAUUCAUUACCUCUGCUGAUCUGUCCACCUGUCUUGAUGUUGAUGAGUGCACCAGACCAGGUGUCUGUGAUCCUGGACGCUGCACCAAUACAAUUGGGUCGUUUGAGUGCUCGUGUGAACCUGGAUUCCGAGUUGAUGAUGAUCGAUCCCAGUGCUUCGAUCUUGACGAGUGUGUUGAAUAUCCAACCGUCUGUGGUAGCAAGCGAUGUGAGAACACUGCUGGCUCUUUCCAGUGUAUCACGGAUUGUAGUGCAGGGUUCCAGCUGAGUCCUGCUCAGGACUGCAUUGAUAUCGAUGAGUGCAUUAAUGCCACGAUUUGUGGGCCGAAUGCGUACUGUCAGAAUAUGGCUGCGUCCUAUCGGUGUCUCUGUGACCAAGGUUAUCAGAUGAUGUCUGAUGGCUCACGAUGUGUGGAUGUGAACGAGUGUGAGACUAUUGAAGGUGUCUGUGGCUCAGCAGUCUGUGAGAAUGUGGGUGGUUCAUUUUUCUGUCUUUGCCCGAAUGAAAAUGAAGAGUUUGAACCAAGGACAGGACAGUGCAAUCGACGAGCUGUCCACGCACGACCAAUGUUCCUGGGAGAAUCCACAAGGGAGGAGAAUGAGUGUUACUACAAUCUAAAUGAUGUCCAGCUGUGUGAGAACAUUCUGGCCCGGAAUGUAACAAGGCAGGAAUGCUGUUGUACUGUCGGGGAGGGCUGGGGAAGAGAGUGCAAAAUCUACCAAUGCCCUGUGUCUGGCUCAGAUGAAUAUCAGUCUCUGUGCCCUCAGGGGCAAGGAUUCCUCUCCAUCCCACAGUCUUCUUUUGGAAGGAACUACAAAGAUGCUGAUGAAUGUUCGCUGUUUGGGUCGGAGGUUUGUAAAAAUGGUGUCUGUGUGAAUACAGUUCCUGGUUAUUCCUGCUAUUGUCCAACUGGCUAUUACUAUCACUCCAUCCGACUGGAGUGCAUUGAUAAUGACGAGUGUGAGGAUGAGACAGCCUGUGAUAAUGGCGAUUGUGUGAACACAGUGGGGUCGUAUUACUGCUCCUGUCGCCCUCCCCUCAUCCUGGAUGUGACACUGCGACGAUGCAUCUCCAACAGCAGUGAGCAGUAUGAUGUCCAUAUGGCUCUCUGUUGGCAGGAAGUGGGUCUCAACCUGUUGUGCAAACGACCUUUCCUGGAGAGACAGACUACCUACUCCGAAUGUUGCUGCCAGUAUGGUGAGGCCUGGGGAAUGGACUGUGCUCUCUGUCCCACCAGGAAUACAGAAUAUCACAACGAAUUGUGUAAUUACCUGAGUGUGUCCCUGAGUGAAGACGAGGGUUAUUCCCAAGGUCCGGAAUAUGAAAACUAUGGGCUGCAAAUUGCAGCGGAAUUCUCUCCGGACAGUCUCGGCAGUUACGACCCGCGGGAAUAUGAUCCAAUCCCACCUCAGACUGGUGAUGGCCGAGAUUACAGACCUCCAGACCGUGAGCCAUUCCGGCCACAGGACCCUCUGCCCAGGCGUCCGACGUAUGAUUCCCGCCAGCUACGCUCUGGGACAGCAUACAGAGGGCAGAGCACGCCCUCUCGGACCCCUUAUCAGCCCAGAACCAGGCAAAUAGGACAUAGCUACAGAACCCGAAGCAUCCAGGCAGGUGUCCCAGAAGCAGAGUCAGCACAGCCCUGGCCUCGAUACCAGCACCGGGAUCCUGUACCAGAUAUUCCAGAAUUCCAUUCUCCCAACCUCCCUCUACUUGUCAGCAGCAGUGAGGAAUAUGAGAACCAGUUCCAACGUUACGAGGGACUCCAGGCUGAAGAAUGUGGAAUCCUGAACGGCUGUGAGAAUGGGAAAUGUAUUCGUGUCCCUGAGGGCUUCACCUGUGAUUGUGACGAUGGUUAUCAACUUGACAUGACCAAGAUGGCGUGUGUCGAUAUAAACGAAUGUGAUGAGGUGGAUGACCCGAAGACCCUCUGCAGAAACGCCAAGUGUGCGAACACAGACGGUUCCUACCGAUGUAUCUGCUUACGGGGUUAUGUGUUGUCACGGCAACCCAACUACUGUGUACCAGUGCAACGGAGAGUUGGCCUGUGAAACCAAAGAUUCAGACUAGCAAUCAAUUCCACGUUUAUCAGUCAAGGGGAAUGUUGUAGAAUAAUCAGGGUGGAAGGUAUUUAUUUUACUGCUAUUUAAUUGAUAUUGGACAACACCAGGGAAGGAAUAUAAAUAAUCCCAGCCCAUGGAAUGAGAUCAAGAGCCCAGACGUCGAACCCUGUAAGUUCCCUUCCCAAAUCUUUAACCAAGGUUCUGUUGGGCUUCAUUCCAACUGCUGGAGAAUUCAGUCCCAAACCUCAUUCCGUUUUGCUACACAUAGAGGGGUUUUUCCUUUUAUUAGGAGUGGAAGGUCUGGUUUUACUGGACCCCUUCUCAAUGGCAGAAACAUGUUUCUAAAGAUCCAGUGUCAUUUGAAAUACCUGUUCUGAUUUUACAAAAUAUUUGGACAUGGUGGGGUUGAAUGAAAAUUUUGCUGGUCACUGUCUUGCUUUAACCCUAGGAUAUUUCUGCUCAGCAGGGUAAGGAUUUCUCACUGUGUAUCUGUCCAAAGUCACUGUAUGUUCAGCAGGAUUUCAAACCCAAAGAACACGUGCCAAUUUUCUUCCUUCCUCUGCUCUCCUGCUGUGUUCUAGCACCAGAAAAAUCCUUUAAUUCCUCACAUUCAAUUCGAGUCAGUGAAGGUGACAAGCUAUUCGACAAUGAAGCAGCCAGUCCAAGCUUGACGAUCCGGUGGUCACUGACGUACACUGGAUGGUGAUGAGGUGUAGGACACCAGACUGAUUUCCCCCUCCUCGCCCAAAGGGAUAUUAAGUGUCCCAACAGAAUCAGGUUAACACAGAAUUGACAGGCGAUCAAACCCUGACCUGUAAAACUCAGUAAAUAUCAGGCAACAACCUGUUUCAGCAUCAGUCCGUCACUCUCUCUCAGAGAAAUCACUGAGGCAGAUGAUGAUGUGUCACAAAUAUGGUGAAGUUUGAUGUAAUCUGAUUGGCGUUUGAGGUUAAUCCUUGUAAAACCUCCAAGGACCCACUGACCUGGAAUUUAGCCCAGUUCUAAUCACAGUAAGUGUGGAUUCUGCAACUUGAUUCAAAAGUGUAAAUGUCUGUCUGCUGUUUAAAUCCCACCUCCUUCACUACUCCUGUCCACUCCUUCUCAGGCUCGAUGCUCAUGUUUCUAUUAAUAUCUGUGAUGUGCCCUGGGGCAUUAUGUACAAUUUAAACAUUAUGAUGUUGUAAAAUUUAAUCAUUGCUUGCCCCUGCAAUCUGUAUUGUGUUCAAAUUGAGAUGCAUCACAAUGUCAAUGAUUGAAAAUAUUGGAACUGCUUACCUCCCUGAGUAUCAGCUUCCUCCUGCAAUCUGUGUUCUUUUAAAGCCUAAGAUUAUUAUUUCCAAGCCCUCUACUUCUAUGUAUUUAGCAUCUUACCUCUUUCUCUUUUCAAUCAGGGCAAGUAACUCACCUCCUGACUCCCCAGAUCCUAUCCAACAUCCACAAGGCACAAGUCAGGAGUGUGAUGGAAUACUCCUCACUGCCUGGAUGAGUACAGCUCCCGCAGCACAAGAAGCUCGACAC